AUGCAGCGUAUGAUGCAGUCUGGUAUUGUUCCAGUGUUUUCAGGUCGGCUGCUGAAGUUCGGAGCGAGAACAGUCGGCUGAUACGUUUAAACUAUAGCAAGAAGAGAUAUUAAUUUCGUAAUAACUACUGAAGUAAAUCGUACUGGGGGAAGUAAAAUAUUUAUCUCUGUCUCGCCGCUGUCGGCACGGGGAAGAGAAGCACUCUUUGGAGGUGAACGGAGGUUUGUAGCGUUUAUUUUGAAGCACGUCUACAGUAUGUAUUGCAGAUAUGGCAAGAAGGGGUAAGACCGUUGUGAGGACCCUGGAGGAUUUAACUCUUGAUUCUGGUUAUGGUGGAGCGGCGGACUCCUUCAGGUCGUCUAGCUUGUCUUUGUGCUGUUCAGACACGCAUCUGCCGUACGCACAUGGAGGGAAUUGCUGGCAUCUAACGGACUCCAUGCACAGUCGACACAACAGCUUGGACACGGUCAACACCGUUCUGGUUGAAGACACCGAGAUCCUGGAGUGCUCCGGCCAGUGCGCGAAGCUGCCCGAGCUUGAGGACGUACCUUGGAGCCUCGGGGAGGUGGAGAGCGCUCUGCGGAAAGAGGAAGAGCUCCAAGCCGGGACGCCGUCGCAGGAAAUCCUGGCGAAGCUCUCCGCGCUGGUCAGCCGCGCUCUGGUUCGGAUCGCCAGGGAAGCGCAGCGCCUGAGCUUGCGCUAUGCCAAGUGCACCAAGUAUGAGAUCCAGAGUGCCAUCAAGGUGGUUCUGUCCUGGACCUUGUCCGUCAACUGCAUCACCGCCGCGUUGAGCGCGCUGUCGCUCUACAACAUGAGCACGGGGGAUAAGUUCAGCCGCGGAAAGUCGGCCCGCUGCGGGCUCAUAUUUUCCGUGGGGAAGUUCUUCAAGUGGAUGGUUGACAGUCGGAUGGCGCUGAGGGUCCACGAGCACGCGGCGAUCUACCUCACCGCCUGCAUGGAGAGCCUUUUCAGAGAGGUGUUCACCCGCGUGCUGCGCAGCGCGCUGGUCGAGAAGGACAACGGGAUUCCGAAGUUUACUGUUGAGUCUUUGGAGCAAGCGAUCAACAACGACUCCGAGAUCUGGGGUCUGCUGCAGCCGUACCAGCAUCUCAUUUGUGGCAAGAAUGCAAGUGGAGCGCUGAGCCUGCCGGAGAGCCUCAGCCUGCACCGGGACCAGCAGAGAGCCGGCAGGCCCGGGGAUGGGCCCGUGUACAGCCAAUCAGAGCUGCGCACCAUCGAGCAGUCCCUGCUGGCCACCCGCGUGGGGAGCAUCGCUGAGCUCAGUGACCUGGUGUCGCGCGCGAUGCACCAGCUGCAGCCGCUGCACAUUCAGAGCCCCAGUAACGGGACUCCGCUGCACCAGAAGCCCCCGACGGUGCACUGGGAGCCCGAGGCGCUCUACACGCUCUGCUACUUCAUGCACUGCCCCCAGAUGGAGUGGGAGAACCCCAACGUGGAGCCUUCCAAGGUCACGCUGCAGACCGAGAGGCCGUUCCUGGUACUGCCGCCGCUGAUGGAGUGGAUCCGCGCGGCGGUGGCGCAUGCGGAGCACCGGCGCAGCUUCUCUGUGGACAGCGACGACGUGCGGCAGGCCGCCCGCCUGCUCCUGCCGGGGGUGGACUGUGAGCCGCGCCAGCUCAGGACGGACGACUGCUUCAGCGCUUCGCGCAAGCUGGAUGCCGCGUCCACGGAGGCCAAGUUCCUGCAGGACCUGGGGUUCCGCAUGCUGAACUGCGGCCGCACCGACCUGGUGAAGCAGGCCGUCAGCCUGCUGGGGCCCGACGGCAUCAACAGCAUGAGCGAACAGGGGAUGACCCCGCUCAUGUACGCGUGCGUGCGAGGAGAUGAGGCCAUGGUGCAGAUGCUGCUGGAUGCGGGAGCGGGCAUCAACAGUGAGGUGCCAAACACAGUACACAAGUACCCCUCAGUUUAUCCCGAAACGCGCCAGGGGACCCCUCUCACAUUCGCUGUGUUACACGGACACGUCCCUGUCGUGCAGCUGCUACUGGACGCCCGGGCCAAUGUGGAGGGCUCUUUGCAGGACGGGGCUGAGAACUACUCCGAAACUCCUCUACAGUUAGCCUCCGCUGCAGGGAACUUUGAGCUGGUGAGCCUGCUGCUGGAGAGGGGGGCCGACCCCAUGAUCGGGACCAUGUACCGAAACGGCAUCUCCAGCGCCCCCCAGGGGGACAUGAACUCCUUCAGCCUGGCAGCCGCACACGGACACAGGAACGUGUUCCGGAAGCUGCUGUCCCAGGCGGAGAAGGGGAAGGGGGACGUGCUGUCCCUGGAGGAGAUCCUGGCCGAGGGCUCCGAGCUGGGGGGCGCACGCCCCCCCCAGCUCGACACGGCCCGCACAGGCAAGGCCAAACUGCGAGCCCUGCGAGAGGCCAUGUACCACAGCGCCGAGCAUGGCCACGUGGACAUCACCAUCGACAUCCGCAGCCUGGGUGUGCCCUGGACGCUGCACACCUGGCUGGAGUCCCUGCGCACCUGCUUCCUGCAGCACCGCCGGCCUCUGAUCCAGGGCCUGCUGAAGGAGUUCAGCUGCAUCCAGGAGGAGGAGUACACCGAGGAGCUCAUCACCCACGGCCUGCCCCUGCUCUUCCAGAUCCUCCAGGCCAGCAAGAACGAGGUGAUCAGCCAGCAGCUCUCAGUGAUCUUCACCCAGUGCUACGGGCCCUACCCUAUUCCAAAGCUGACCGAAAUUAAGAGGAAGCAGACGUCCCGUUUAGAUCCCCACUUCCUGAACAACAAGGAGAUGUCUGACGUGACCUUCCUGGUGGAGGGGAAGCCUUUCUACGCCCACAAGGUUCUGCUCUUUACCGCCUCCAACAGGUUUAAGCUGCUCCUCUCAAACAGACCUGCUGCGGAAAACACCUGCAUUGAAAUCAGCCACGUCAAGUACAACAUAUUCCAGCUGGUGAUGCAGUAUCUGUACUGUGGAGGAACAGAAUCACUGCACAUUAGGAACACAGAGAUUAUGGAGCUUCUUUCUGCUGCUAAAUUCUUCCAACUGGAAGCCCUCCAGAGACACUGUGAGAUCAUCUGCUCCAAGAACAUCAACACUGAGACCUGUGUGGAGAUAUACAACCACGCCAAGUUCCUGGGGGCGAGUGAGCUUGCGGCCUAUAUUGAAGGCUACUUCCUGAAGAACAUGGUGGUGCUGAUUGAGGUGGAGGCCUUCAAACAGCUGCUGUACGACAUCCCGGUGGAGGCGCCCGUGACCAGCGUCCUGCAGGACCUGGAGAAGACCCUGGCCACCCGCAUCCAGUCCAUACACCUGUCCUCCUCCAAGGGCUCCAUAGUGUGAGCUGGAGCCCGGACCCGGACCGGCCGGAACCGGAUUGGAGCUGAGCUGGAGCUGGAGCUGGAGCCAGACCGACGCACAGCAUUCCCACAGCCGACCCAUCUCCUCCAGGGACACAUGCAUUCCGCAGACCCCAGUAGCGCCCAUGCACUGGUGCGGGAAUGCUGUAGGAAUGUUGUGGGAAUGCUAUGGGAACGCUGUGGGAAUGCUAUGCAGCUCAGAUCGGCUAUGAAAAAAAAAACACAGAACUCUUAUCCAUUUGCUUCCUGAUCUGUCGCCAAGGCAUAUUCCAAACGAUCCCCAUCAGGCCACGAGACCAUCCGCUUGGCUGUGUACUCGGUCGACAUCUUCUGUUUUUUGUUCGUUUUGUUAAUCUGUUUGUUUUCAUUGUUUAUACUGUAUUGCCAGUGUUUCAGUGGCGUUUUACUUCAUGGAGAUUGGCCAAACUAACAAUAUGCAGAACUGGUACAUGCUAAUCAAAGUCAUGUAUCGAGUCAGUGACAUAAAUGUCUAAACUUCACCAAUUGGUGGAGGAGCUGUUGCUGGCGAGUGACUGGAGGGCCUCAACACGGACUGCAAAGAUGUUUUUUUUAAUUGCCUGUUGUAAAACGGUUGGGGUGCCCCUGCAGAGAAGAGUUCCUGAUUGACAGGAAGCAGGGAAAAGUUAUCGGACUGAAGUUUUUUUCUGCACGAGUCCACAGUAGCCAGUUUUUAGCAGCUGUGACCAUGUUGUGUCCUGACUCUUUUGACACCUCAGUGUGACAUCAUACCCACUCUUUGUGACAUCACAGUGCAUGUGAAAACUUUUGAUACCUUUUAUCCUGCUCAGCCAAUUCAUUUCUCAGCUUAAGCCCAUUCUUUCCCACUGUGGUUACACAGAUGACUGUCAGAGACUCCUGGGAACAUUCAGCAUGCUGUACUCUCUUACUGUUAAUUCUGGGAGGUUGCUGAGGCUCCUUAGCACCUCUUUGUGACGUAUUAAUUUGCCUGAGUAGGUAAAGAUGCCAAACAUUGUACAAGACAUUGCUAACCUGCUUGCUUGGCUGUGGUGAAAAUUGUGUCCAAGUGAACAGCACGCUCCUGUAUCCCCCAUUUUGUUUUAGAGUACUGGCACCAUGCGUCCGUGUUUUAACCCCCCCCCCCCCCCAAAGCUGAGCUAGCGUACAGUGUGCCACGCACAGUAGCCCUCUGAUGGUGGAAGCCCUCCACAUUUUAGGCUUCUUUGCGGCAGGAUCCAGAGUUAUAACCCAGCAGGUUUUACUCUCAUGCACUAAGCGUUCCCCAGAUCAGUCUCUGAGUUCAGUGUGCCAGUUUCCUGUAGUUUCGCUGUGUCACGUGUACUCAGACACCUUCAGCGCGCAGGGCUGUCCGUGUGAGGAAGGCUGGGCCCUUUAUAAUAUUUAUAAAGCAGGGGCUCAGAUGCAGAGGGACCCCACCUGAGAGGAGUGUGACCCAGCGCCAGCGGGAAGGAGGUGUAAAUAUUUGGUAUAAAUCAGAAGCGUGGUUCCUGUGAGCUCACCUGUACAUACGCGCCUGCUUCCUGCUUCCUGGUUGCUGAUGCUGCUGCUGUACAAAGCUGUGCUCUCACCCUGCGCCAGACCCCCACUGGAUGUUACCUGUGUGAUCUUUGCUCGUCUGUUUCUAGAUUUGUCCGUCUGUCAGCCAUACCAAUUCUGAGAAGGUGGCGUAAUGCUGUCUAUUAAAAAAGAAAAAAAAGAAACAGUCUUGGUACUGCCAACAUGAGUCCCUCUCUGUCUCAGCACAGCAUGAACUCCAGAUGUUUAGAGGGGCCCCUGACUCACUUGGACGGGCUGUGUGGAUUAAUGCUGUGAUGAUCAUCGUUUCCAGACAUUGUGAACUCACAUGUAGAUAACUGUAUGAUAUGUAUGACUGAAUAUGUAUGUCCACUAUAUAGAUACCAUAUAUUUAUAUCUGUUUCCAUGGAAAUCCCAAUCUUAUAUAUAUAAAACAUUGUGGGGUGUCUUGAAUUGCAAAUUACAAGAAUAUAAAAGAAGUUUUGAGCAACA